AUGAAGAUUUUACGGAAGUUGUGCCAUGAGUGCACCGAAGGGACAGAUGCAGAAACUCGAACGCCAUUUAUCCAACGCUUUGCCUGUGGAGUAGGUCAUGUGAUCAAUGACAUCAUGCGUCAGCUCCAAUUUUCGUUCAGGCUGGUAUUCUUUAUGCAAGUUCUCGGUCUGUCCGCUGAAAAUGCUGGCUGGUUGGCACUCCAGAAAAAACUGGCUCUCGCUUUUGCCUCGCCUUUCAGCGCAUUCCUGGUGGAUAGAAUCAACAUCCCAUUUUUGUCGCGGAAAAUUGGGAGAAGAAAGUCUUGGCAUUUAGUCGGCACUGUGUUGGGCGUCGUUUUUAUGCCGAUGUUUUUCAGCACAUGUUACGCUUGUCCGGACGAUAGUAAGGAGUGGCAAAAGAUUGUAAGCCUUUCAAUAUUUAAUGUGAUAUUGGCGCUUUCGGGCUGCUUACUGGAUAUUGGACACUUGACACUUAUACCUGUGAUUGCUAAAGAUCAAAUUGAAGCUGUAGAAUUGAGCGCGUUGAGGUUUGUUCUUCGUCUUCCUUAUAAUUCAAUAUUCUAAACACCUGUACAGAACUUUCACCUGGAUAACUCGAACCUGUUCAGUUUAUUUUAUACAUUUGCAUUUGAAGGUUCACCUUAGUAAGAGAUCCAUCCAUCCGUGUCUUCUCCCUUGCAAUCAAUAACCAACACUGAAAUGACUUCACGGCCCUUGAGAUGACUUAUCGGACAGUACGGUUAACAUUUAUAAUAUUUUAUUUUGUUCUUGUAGGGUUACCUUUACGUUCUUAAGUGGAAUUGCUACCUACCUCGUGGCUUGGGUAGUUCUUGGACAAGAUUCCAGAGACAACCUCUCAACAGAAAGCUUGGUGGACUUCACGGUAAAAUAAUUCAUUAAAUUUUGCUCUUAUUUCUAACGAAACGUCAUUAAUAAGUGCUUCUUCAGAACCACCGUACCCCUUUUAAAUUAAUUUCAAUUCUUUCUUUUUUAGACAAUUGCGGCAAUAUCGAUUGCAAUAGGACUCAUAUUUUCACUGAUUUUCCAUGUUGGAACUAAAGAGUUCUCAGGGGAAGAAAGCAAAGACUCGGGGCGCAUCGUCACAGAAAAUCUGGUAAGAUGCUUCUAACUUGGAAAACUGUGGUUAAGACUGCUCGUUUGCAUAAUGCCUUUUGCCCCUUUAUCUCUGACUAUUGUGUAUUAUGCUAAUACCCUGCCCCCCCUCCCAUCCCUGGGGCUAAUUUCAGUUCUCUUAUAAUUUUCUUAAACAGAGAAAAACCUCUUAUAUUCCUCCAAAGACUGCUCUACAAGCAACGCUCGUAAAAGAAACAGGUAAGCUUAGGCCUUUAAGAUACAGAUUAAUUGAAAGUAAUUAAAAUGGAGACACACAAGUUACCAUUGCAAGAUAUUCAUCAAGACGUGGUUUGAUAAUAGCGGGAGUCUUCCACUUAUUUUUCGGAGUAGCGGUUUCCCUCAAUUGCCACUUUCACAUAUUCGUUCCCUGAAUAAAAUGUCGUUUUCCUUCAGUUUUUAGAUCUUCUUUUGGAAAUUACAAUCGUCCAAAGAUAAAUUUAAACCAAUGUUUGUGUAAAGAUGAGUGUGGGUGGAGAAGAAGGUGCUGGAGUGGGGUGGGUGGGGUUUGGGGGGGUUGGAGAUUGGCGUGGGGAGAGCAAACGGAGUAUAGUGGGUGAGGUGGGACACACAAGCUUCACGAAAAAUAAGUAGGGGAUCACAUUCACGUGCAAGAAAUUAGGGCUGAUCAGUGUCUUUCUUCCCCGUUUUUUUUCAGAUGUGCACUGUCAGAAGGAAAGACUGGGUAACGUUAUUAUUGACAGACUUCAACACAAGACGUCUGGUGAUAAGGAAGCCACUGUGAGAAAAACUACUUUCGCGAGGCUCCUUUUUGACUCCUUGGUGUAUAUAGAUGGGGGAAAAGAAGCUCAAGCUAACGGCAAUCUGCUCAUUGAAAGCAAACAUGGCAAUCAUGAUCAUCUGCUCACAACGAAAGUUCAUAGUGAUAGAGAAGUGUUAGAGGAACUAAAAGAGCUCCCGCGUGAAACAAAAAUAAACAUUUUGAUGAGACUCUUUUACGAACUGAUUGGAGGUGAUUCUAAAACUGCUACAGAUAUGGAUGGCGUCAACUGCACUGUACCAAAUGAUCGUUACGGCAACGAAGACGAAACCGAAGAAAAAUCUCACAAAUACGAUUCCCAGUCUGGUUCUUCAUUGUCGUCUGGUGUGGAUAACAAAGGUUUUCUUGAGUCCUGUGAAACAGAAUCGGAAAGGUUUUAUCCAGAUCAGAUUAAACUAGAACCAGUGGAGGUGAAUUUGAACGAUUCUCAGGGAGUAGGGGUGAAUGGCAAACCAUCCACUAACUCUGAUGACCCGGAAUCUGCUCGUCCAUCAACAUCUGCACCCACCAUGACCUUACGAGCCUGGCUUAAAAACCCGCAUCUCUACAAGGUAUUUCUCCUUUGACUAAUCCUGAUACUGGAAAGGGGUGGCCAUGGGGGGGGGGGGGGCUACUUUCCCAUACAUUCUCUUAAAAUGAAAUCCAAACACACGGAUGUUCUCACAACUUGCAAAGCGUUUAGCAAGGGUCUUGCCGGCGGAUUUGUGUACUAGUCAUACGCUUUACCUCAAAAGCCAUAGUUCAACAGUUUUGAAAAGGAAAAAAACAUGGCGAACGAAGGUUGGACUGCUUAUUAUAUUUUGGUAAUUCGCAGUUUUUGAUUUUAUGUCGCUUUUCAGACAUAUAGCGAGUGGUUUUCGUUUUUCUGUUAAACAAUUUUCCUCUGCAGAGUUUGGAAUAUGCUGUGCAUACUUCACUAGAACCGCUGAGGAGUUGAGCUAUCGAUUAGUGUUUUGCUGCAAACCUUAGGAAAGUUAAGGUUGCUUCAAGGUACGGAGCUUUCAGUAAAAGUUGUGAUUUGUUCAUUAGGAUCGUUUUGAAUUUUAACUUUCAAUUCUGACUGGUCGUAAUAAACGAAGUGAAAUGUCAAUGAAGUGUGAAUGACUUGUUUAUUCAUGUAUGAUACGCACAGCUGUAAGCUCAUAUUUAUAAGGCUCUCUUGAAUAUACUGUCUUACUUCCGAUAAAUUUGACACUUUUUCCAGUAAUUUUUAUCAGCAUCAUAACUUGUAUAAUCUUCUGAUGUCCUCGCCCUGCAAAAGGAAUGUAACCUAUAAAUCGAUCGAUAUAUAAGCUUAAUAUGGUCCAGCGCGCGUUGUUGUCGGUUAAGAUUUCACACGGUUGCGGUGACUUAAUUGCGUUUUAGUUCCCCAGGCAAUUUCAGUACCAAAGGACGAUAUGCAAGAAAAACAAAAAGGCAUGAUUUUUUUUUAUUAUUUCCUCUACCAGUUCGGUUCUCGCUUCUAAGAUACUUUAAAAAAAAUAUGGGGAAAGUUACUGCAAUUAUCCGCUGACCACCACGCAAGGGGACCGCUUUGCAAGUUGUGAGAACAUCGUUUUAACCCCACCCCCUCCUCCUUGCCUGUUUCGCUCGAUAGAGUCCCACUAAUUAUUUCCUUAACAACUGUAAAACAAAGCACUCAAACAGCUAACACGUACCAAUUUUCUGAUUACAAUUUCGUACUGCCCAAGUGAAAAAUUGCUUUAGCCGGCUGUUAUAGAUAACUUUGCCGUAUUUUCAAAAAACAUGGGUGCCGCCAUUUACACAAACCACCCAGGUGUAACUGUUGUACAUAAACGUAAAAUUAUAACAUUUGACGAGGUGGGAAAACGAACCAAUAACAAAGUAUAUCAAAACGAAGCCUACAGAUGCUGAAAAGAGUUGAAAAAUUGCAUUGCCUCUCUCCUCCCUACAUCACUGAACUUAUAACUAUCAAACCCAAAUCUACCUACAGUCUCCGCUCAAACAACAGUACUCUGUUGCUACCUCCUACACACAAAAUGCUGCCUACACUUGGUUAGAUUUUUUGUAACAGCAGGUUGAUUGUAAAUAGGAUUUUAAUUGAGGUUUUUUAAUAAAGAUUUUAUUAUCAUUAUUAUUGUUAUUAUUAUUAUUAUUAUUAUCAUUAUUGCCUCACAUCACAGCCAAUAUUUCUGAAGCUUCGCAAACGAAAAGGCGCGAAACAUUUGAAUUCCAACCGUGAUUUCCAGUUUAAUUUCCCCAUGUAAAUGGUAAUUACCUCUUGUCUCACAGCCCUCCCCAGCAUUUCACAUUUUCAGAACUGUACUAACUUCCGUUGUUAUUUCUAUCUUCAGGUUGCCAUCAUCUUCACCUGCACAUUUGUUUUGCGAAACAUUUCUUACUCAUACUUGCCACUGUUUCUAACUUACAGAGCGCAUUUCGCAAAGGUAUAAAUACGUAUUUAAAUAUACAUAUGUAUAUAUACAAUUCAAAGAGAACAGACCACAAAUUGUUGUUGCUCGAAAUAUCUAAAAGUCGUAACUGUUCAUCAAUAAUAAGUGUUUAAAAUUUAACUUAUCUUUAUUAAACCAUAAAACUCUAAACCUAUUUACAAUACUUGCGAAUAGGAAAGUGCACAGUAGUUUAGAACUUUAGUAUAAAAACUGAAUUUUUGUCUACACCUUUUCUUUAUUAGGAGUCCAUUGCAUAUCUACCACUUAUUAUGUUAAGCAGUGGAGCACUAUCAUCCGCUGUUUCAAAGAGAAUUGUUGUCAAAAUCGGAGGCAAGGUAAGGAAUUGCACUCUUGAGAAUGUCAUAGUUAUACCUCUGAAAAUGAAGCAAAUUUUCCGCCCCGUUUGGUUACAGUAAGUUAUAGUUUAAAUAUUUUUUUAAUAGUUCCGCCAAUCUUUGUAAGGAUACCAAAAACGGUUUGAGCCAAUGGAAGUAAGGUUUCUUACCCCUGAAACCACUGAGGAUCCGGGUCGUGUAAGUCUUCUGCUGUCCUCGAACAGUGUUCUUGGUUCCACCACUUGCUCUUCAAAUUGACCUUAUUCACGAUACCCACCAUCUUGGUUCGCCCUUAAGGACUGAUUGGAUAAAAGCAAUGUCACGUCGGUUUUUCGGGGGCAGGGGGACAAACAAGCUAUAAAAUUUGCCAGUGCAAGUUUGUUAUUCUUAAGACAGCAGAAAUAUAAAGAAAUCUUCAUAACAGCAAAUUGUGGGUUGGAGUGAUAAUUGUUACUUUUUUGGAUGCAGUAGAGACCGUGGAGAGACAAUACUGACACAAAUCUUGUCGAAACUCGAACACUACAUUUUGCAUGACUAUUAGUAUUUAAUUUUUGCUGACCCAGCGUGCCUACAGAGCAAAGAUCAUCUGCAGAGUAUGUUUAAAUAGGUAAUGAUCAAUAAAGUAUGCAAGCAAGUAAGUAAGUAAGUAAGUAAGUAAGUAAAUAUCAUUAAACUGAUGCUAAAACGAUCUAACUUUUCUAACCUUACAAUCUAUGAUCAUUCUCCGACCUACGUUCAGUGGACGUUUAUCCUGUCUGCCCUUCUCGUUAUUGGAGCUGGCGUUUGGUUUUAUUUCAUAAGUGAGUCCAACAGAGUGAUGACCUACCCAGCUGUUGUACUGUUAGGUUGGGGAUUCUCCGCCAUGGCCGUUAACUCACUGGCCUUCGCAACGCAGCUUAUUGGUCCAAAUAAAGUGAGUAAUUAAUUAGCAAAGCACUUUUUACGUCAAGUAUGUUGUGUGAAGUGUCAAUGUAUUUAGGAAGUCUUUCGUUCACGUUCUCUGCAGUAGAAUAGACGGGUUAUCAGAGCCAAACAGUGGAUUAGUCGUUUGAAGGGCAGUUCCUUUAGCUGUUUUGAAAGCCUGACUGAGUAUCAAUAACUAAUACAUUUACACAAAGUUUACACAACUGAAAUUAACUAAAAGCAUGAUCUGGUUCGGUUCUCAACAAUCUGGCCGUAACGAGCACAAACGUGAGAGAGUUUGUAUCAGGCCCAAUUUUAGCGGUAGCAGUUAGAGAGAAUUUAUGAGAACCGCUAAAAUUGGGCCUGAUCUCAGGUUAACUCAUGCCGAAAUCUCAAGUACAAAUUAGAUAUAAAAGACAAACACCAAAACAGAUCGAAUUUCAUUUCACGACAACUGACAUGAUCUUAAACAUGGUUUUUCGGUUUUUGUUUAUUUUAUUCAUUUAUAUAUUUAAUUUUUCUUUGUAGGGCACAUCUGGUGUUGUAUUUGCUGUGAUGACUUUAUUUUCAAACGUAUUUGGAGGCGCUAUCGUCAUGACAAUCCAGAAAUUGUUUCCUUCAGGAAGGUCAAUAUACGUUUGU